UCCCCACCCCAUCCCAUGCUUGAACCCACUCUGGAAGGCACCAGAGAGAGCAGCUCCAGACCCCGGGAGUGGUGUGCUGGUGAUGGUGGAAAGCAGCCAAGCAGACCAAGAAAGGGGGCUCUGAGGCAGAAGGUGGUCCACGAAGUCAAGAGCCACAAGUUCACCGCCCGCUUCUUCAAGCAGCCAACCUUCUGCAGCCACUGCACGGACUUCAUCUGGGGCAUUGGGAAACAGGGCCUGCAAUGUCAAGUUUGCAGCUUUGUGGUUCAUCGACGAUGCCACGAAUUUGUGACCUUCGAGUGUCCAGGCGCUGGGAAGGGCCCCCAGACGGAUGACCCCCGGAACAAGCACAAGUUCCGUCUGCACAGCUACAGCAGCCCCACCUUCUGCGACCACUGUGGCUCCCUUCUUUAUGGGCUGGUGCACCAGGGCAUGAAAUGCUCCUGCUGCGAAAUGAACGUGCACCGCCGCUGUGUGCGCAGCGUGCCCUCUCUGUGCGGGGUGGACCACACGGAGCGCCGAGGGCGCCUGCAGCUGGAGAUCCGAGCACCCACGGCGGAUGAGAUCCACGUCACAGUUGGCGAGGCCCGUAACCUUAUCCCAAUGGACCCUAAUGGUCUGUCUGACCCCUACGUGAAGCUGAAGCUCAUCCCAGACCCUCGGAACUUGACAAAGCAAAAGACCCGGACCGUGAAAGCCACGCUAAACCCUGUGUGGAACGAGACCUUUGUGUUCAACCUGAAGCCAGGAGACGUGGAGCGCAGGCUUAGCGUGGAGGUGUGGGACUGGGACCGGACUUCCCGCAACGAUUUCAUGGGCGCCAUGUCCUUCGGGGUCUCGGAGCUGCUCAAGGCGCCGGUGGACGGCUGGUACAAGUUACUGAACCAGGAGGAGGGCGAAUAUUACAAUGUGCCAGUGGCUGAUGCUGACAACUGCAGCCUCCUCCAGAAGUUUGAGGCCUGUAACUACCCCCUGGAACUGUACGAGCGGGUGCGGAUGGGUCCCUCUUCCUCUCCCAUCCCCUCCCCAUCCCCUAGUCCCACGGACUCCAAACGCUGUUUCUUUGGGACAAGCCCUGGACGUCUGCACAUCUCCGACUUCAGCUUCCUCAUGGUUCUAGGAAAAGGCAGCUUUGGGAAGGUGAUGCUGGCUGAGCGCAGGGGCUCUGAUGAGCUCUACGCCAUCAAGAUCCUGAAGAAAGACGUGAUUGUCCAGGAUGAUGAUGUGGACUGCACCCUGGUGGAGAAGCGCGUGCUGGCCCUGGGGGGCCGAGGCCCGGGAGGCCGGCCCCACUUUCUCACCCAGCUGCACUCCACCUUCCAGACCCCGGACCGUCUGUAUUUUGUGAUGGAGUAUGUCACCGGGGGCGACCUGAUGUACCACAUCCAGCAAUUGGGCAAGUUUAAGGAGCCCCAUGCAGCGUUCUACGCAGCAGAAAUCGCCAUCGGCCUCUUCUUCCUUCACAAUCAGGGCAUCAUCUACCGGGACCUGAAAUUAGACAACGUGAUGCUGGAUGCUGAAGGACACAUCAAAAUCACUGACUUUGGCAUGUGUAAGGAGAACGUCUUCCCUGGGACCACCACCCGCACCUUCUGUGGGACCCCAGACUACAUAGCCCCUGAGAUCAUUGCCUACCAACCCUAUGGAAAGUCUGUUGAUUGGUGGUCCUUUGGGGUUCUGUUGUAUGAGAUGUUGGCAGGACAGCCCCCUUUCGAUGGGGAGGAUGAGGAAGAGCUGUUUCAGGCUAUCAUGGAACAAACCGUCACUUACCCCAAGUCGCUUUCCCGGGAAGCUGUGGCCAUCUGCAAGGGGUUCCUAACUAAGCACCCAGCGAAACGCCUGGGCUCAGGGCCGGACGGGGAGCCCGCCAUCCGUGCUCAUGGCUUUUUCCGCUGGAUGGACUGGGAGCGGCUGGAACGACUGGAGAUCGCGCCUCCGUUCAGACCCCGUCCGUGUGGACGCAGCGGCGAGAACUUCGACAAGUUCUUUACACGGGCGGCGCCAGCGCUGACCCCCCCAGACCGCCUGGUUCUGGCCAGCAUCGACCAGGCCGAUUUCCAAGGCUUCACCUACGUGAACCCGGAUUUCGUGCACCCCGACGCCCGCAGCCCCGUCAGCCCGCCGCCGGUGCCAGUCAUGUAAUCUCACCUGCCACCACUAGGUGUCCCCAUUGCUCCCUCCCCGCACCAGUCUUCCACCUCCCCGCCAACCCCCACCUCCACCCCCUUUCCGAUUUAGAUCUUGCUCCCCAGCAUUCUGGCCUCUGCCCCGUGGGUGCUAGAUGCCCCUCCCAAGCGUUCCUGGCAUUCUAAGCUCCAUACAGUCUCUGGAGCCUCACUGUGUUCUAGACUCUGCUGUGCUGAGCCCGGGAUUCUCACCCACCUUGGUGUUCUGGACUCUGCGCUACCAGAACCUUCACCACGGUCCCAACUCCGUGGGGUUCUAGACUCCGUGUUGGUAGAAUCUCUGUCUCUCCUUUUUUUUUUUUUUUUUUUUUCUUCUCCUUUCUUUCUGG